GCAAAUACUUAAGAGAGAAGUAAUUUAGGGUAGGGCAAGUCAGCUCAGAUUUUUUUCAAUAAUUUAAAUUCCUCUGCGGGUACACGCUGGAAGCACUUUGGCUCACGGUUUAACGAGUUCACGUCCUCGAGAGAUCUGGACUUAUCGGCAGAGAUAAAACGCACUAUCUGUAAAUGUAAAUAGGCGAAUACGAGUCAGGUGCGUCUUAUUACUUCACUACGUAUCUACGCUCGCGACGUACUUUUGACAUUCAUAGAACGUUACGCACUUAACGUCGAACGUUUUUUAGAGGUACAGGAUUGGACGCCAGACCAUAUCUGUUGUGAGACCAGAAUAAGAAGAUGCUGCUUCAGGUGGGUGGAAAGCGUACUGCCAUUGGUCUGUUGGCCAUCAGGAGGGCGUGGUGUGUGACCCGCUCUGCCUACACUGCACCACAGACAGUGGAGUACAAGCCCAUCAAAAAAGUCAUGGUAGCCAACAGAGGAGAGAUUGCCAUUCGGGUGUUUCGGGCAUGCACAGAGCUGGGAAUUCGCACAGUGGCUGUCUACUCUGAGCAGGACACGGGCCAGAUGCACAGACAAAAGGCAGAUGAAGCUUACCUCAUAGGAAAGGGGCUGCCACCUGUAGCAGCCUACCUGCACAUACCAGACAUCAUCAAAGUGGCCAAGGAGAAUAACGUGGAUGCCAUCCACCCAGGCUAUGGCUUCCUUUCAGAAAGAGCAGAUUUUGCCCAGGCUUGUGUUGAUGCCGGGGUACGUUUUAUUGGCCCCACCCCGGAGGUGGUGCGCAAGAUGGGGGACAAAGUUGAGGCCCGUGCCAUUGCCACGAGUGCAGGUGUUCCAGUUGUACCUGGAACAGAUGCUCCCAUCUCGUCUUUGCAGCAAGCUCAAGAGUUCUCCAACACCUAUGGUUUCCCAAUCAUAUUCAAGGCGGCAUAUGGGGGAGGAGGCCGUGGAAUGCGGGUGGUUAAGGAGUAUGAGGAACUGGAAGAGAACUAUCAGCGAGCAUACUCCGAGGCCCUAGCUGCCUUUGGCAAUGGAGCUCUGUUUGUGGAGAAGUUCAUUGAAAAACCCAGACAUAUCGAGGUGCAGAUCUUGGGCGAUAAAUACGGCAAUGUCAUUCACCUGUACGAGAGGGACUGCUCCAUACAGAGGAGACACCAGAAGGUGGUGGAGAUCGCCCCGGCCUCACAACUCGACCAACAUCUUAGAGACAGACUGACUGCUGACUCUGUUAACCUUGCCCGACAGGUGGGUUAUGAGAACGCUGGCACUGUUGAGUUCCUGGUGGAUAAACAUGGUAAACAUUACUUCAUUGAGGUCAACUCCCGUCUGCAGGUGGAGCACACUGUAACAGAGGAGAUCACAGAUGUGGAUCUGGUACACGCUCAGCUGCGAGUGUGUGAAGGUCGUAGUCUGCCCGAGCUGGGCCUGAGACAGGACAAGAUACGGAUCAAUGGCUACGCCAUCCAGUGCCGUGUGACCACUGAGGACCCAGCACGUGGCUUCCAGCCUGACACAGGAAGACUCGAGGUAUUCCGCAGUGGAGAAGGCAUGGGCAUAAGGCUGGACAGUGCCUCUGCCUUCCAGGGUGCUAUCAUCUCCCCUCAUUACGACUCACUCCUGGUUAAAGUCAUCGCCAGUGGAAAGGACCUGCCAGCUGCCUCUGCCAAAAUGAGCCGAGCAUUAGCCGAGUUCCGCGUCCGUGGAGUUAAGACAAACAUCCCCUUCCUCCAGAAUGUUUUGAGUAAUAAUCAGUUCCUGAAUGGGACAGUAGACACUCAGUUCAUUGACGAGAAUCCAGAUCUCUUCAAUCUCAAACCGGUGCAGAACAGAGCCCAGAAACUGCUUCACUACCUGGGGCAUGUUAUGGUGAACGGCCCAACUACUCCGAUACCUGUCAAGGCUAAGCCUUCCUCCAUCGAUCCGGUCAUCCCACCAGUUCCUCUCGGUGAGCCACCAGUGGGUUUCAGAGAUGUGUUACUUAGAGAGGGUCCAGAUGGUUUUGCAAAGGCGGUGCGUGCCCACCAGGGUCUGCUGCUUAUGGACACCACAUUCAGAGAUGCCCACCAGUCCCUCUUGGCCACGCGCGUACGCACUCACGACCUCAAGCGCAUUGCGCCGUUUGUGGCUCACAGCUUCAGCAAUCUCUUCAGCGUGGAAAACUGGGGAGGCGCUACAUUUGAUGUGGCAAUGCGUUUCCUAUGUGAGUGCCCUUGGAAGAGGCUGCAGGAGUUGAGGGCUCUGAUGCCAAACAUACCUUUCCAGAUGCUUCUGAGAGGUGCCAACGCUGUUGGAUACACCAACUACCCUGACAAUGCAGUCUACAAGUUCUGUGAGGUGGCUAAAGAAAACGGUAUGGACAUCUUCCGUGUUUUUGACUCAUUGAACUACGUUCCUAACAUGCUCUUGGGGAUGGAGGCGGCAGGAGCAGCCGGUGGAGUGGUGGAAGCGGCCAUCUCAUACACUGGAGACGUCUCUGACCCCACAAGACAAAAAUACUCCUUAGACUAUUAUCUUAAACUAGCAGAUGAGCUGGUUAAGGCUGGAACACACAUUCUUUGUAUCAAGGACAUGGCGGGUCUGCUGAAGCCUGACUCCGGCCGUUUGCUGGUCAGUGCGUUGAGAGACCGCUUCCCUGACAUGCCGAUCCAUGUGCACACUCAUGACACCGCAGGGGCCGGAGUGGCCGCCAUGCUGGCGUGCGCAGAGGCCGGAGCUGACAUUGUGGAUGUGGCAGUUGACUCCAUGGCGGGAAUGACGUCCCAACCCAGCAUGGGUGCCAUUGUGGCAUGUGCCAAAGGCACCAAACUUAAUACUGGCAUCUCUCUUGAGAAGGUUUUUGACUACAGUGAGUAUUGGGAGGUGACCCGAGGCCUUUAUGCACCGUUUGACUGCACAGCCACCAUGAAGUCUGGGAAUGCGGAUGUUUAUGAGAACGAGAUCCCGGGAGGCCAGUACACCAACCUUCACUUCCAAGCUCACAGUAUGGGGCUGGGAAAUAAGUUUAAGGAGGUGAAGAAAGCCUACGCAGAAGCCAACAAGCUGCUUGGUGACCUCAUCAAAGUUACACCCUCCUCUAAGAUUGUGGGCGAUCUGGCACAGUUCAUGGUGCAGAACUCUCUGAGUCGGGCAGAGGUGGAGGAGAGAGCAGAUGAGCUCUCUUUCCCCCUCUCUGUGGUUGAGUUCCUUCAAGGGCACAUCGGCAUCCCCCAUGGAGGCUUCCCGGAACCUUUCAGGUCAAAGGUUUUGAAGUCUCUUCCUCGUGUGGAGGGACGUCCUGGAGCCUCCCUUCCCUCGCUUGAUUUCCAGGCCUUGGAGAAGCAACUACGAGAGUCACACGGUGAUGAAAUCACCCCAGAGGAUGUGAUGUCAGCAGCCAUGUACCCUAAAGUGUUCCAGGAGUUCAAAGAUUUCACUAAAUCCUUUGGGCCGGUGGACUGUCUCAACACCAGACUUUUCCUGGAUGGACCCAAGAUUGCUGAAGAAUUUGAGGUGGAGUUGGAGAGAGGUAAGAUACUCCACAUCAAGGCUCUGGCUCUUGGAGACCUAAAUAAAGCCGGCCAGAGAGAGGUGUUCUUCGAACUCAACGGUCAGCUGAGAUCUGUCCUUGUCAAGGACACUGUGGCCAUGAAGGAGAUGCAUUUUCACCCUAAAGCCCUGAAGGAUGUUCGUGGGCAAAUUGGAGCUCCUAUGCCUGGUAAAGUGGUGGAGGUUAAGGUGAAAAAGGGCCAGCAGGUAGAGAAAGGACAGCCACUCUGUGUCCUCAGCGCCAUGAAGAUGGAAACGGUGGUUAACUCUCCACUCUCUGGCACCAUAGCCAAGGUGUACGUGACUGCCGACAGCACCCUGGAAGGAGAUGAUCUUAUUCUGGAGAUCAAUGAGUAGAUAUCUUGAAGGCCAAAAGUGGGAAGAAUGACACAUCACCGCUGCCAAUCCCUACAGGCUAAACACACACACACACACACAUAACUAACACCGUUAUAUAAGGAGACAGACACCUUUUCAAUGGAAGCGCACAUUACGAAUUGGCUUAUUUUUAGACAAUCAGUCUAUUUCUGAAAAUGUGUUUUCACACUUUAAUUUGCUGACUUUAGUGUCAUAUGCGCUUAUUUGUUAGUGUGUAUCAAUGUUUAAUUAGUAUUAAUAAAUGUAGUAUACAACUGAAAGAGUCACACUGAAAAUAGAACAAGCAAUAAAGUAAUGACAGAAUGAGUCUAAAUUAGAUGUAUUCCUAGUCAUGUUAAAUCUUGCAUUCAGUAUGUUUGGUCAUAAUUGUUUACAUAAACUCAAAGCACUACAAUUUAGUUUAACUUAAAUUAAAACGUAUCAGAUUUAAUGCACAGUGCCUCCUUUACUAGAACACCAAUUGCAGACAGAUAUUCCUUUGAAUCUUAACGCAGAGUAGCUUAAUUGAAUUACAGACCAAAAUUGUAUUUUUUAAGACAAGUUGCAUUGUCAUACAGAUAUACCCAGUGUUUUGACCAAUGGACUUGUUUACUUUGUUGGGGUGAAAAAUUUGAUUUAGUCUCCCGAGUCGUAGACUGGAGUGCGUCUCAUGCUAAGGUGGAGUUGUUACCCAGGUGAUUCGGGCUGAAGUGAGCUCCAUAGACGCCAAUGAGGAUCGAUGACUCUAUAUUCAAGAGCACUUAUAAACUCCAUGACGGCUUCAGGGCACAUUCACUUGGAAUUUUCCCAGGGCUCAUCUCAUGCUCGUCGUUUCAAUUCCUCCAUUAAUGUACAUUGAAUUAAUUGUCCUGUUACAUUCCCCCAAGCAACAGAUGCCUCUUGGCUGCUAUAGUGGCACAAAUCCCUGUAUUCUCCAGCUUUCUAUUUUUCGCCUUGUUUAACACAUCACUGACCGCAGGGAUGUUUCGUUUGACAUGAUAUCAUUUGUAAUUGAUAAUGAGAGGUUUGACUCAACAGCCUAAGUAAUUGAAAGCACUCAGCCUGAAAUCUACAAGAUGUUGUUGUGACAAAAGAAGUCCAUUGGGUAACUUCUCGACAUUGAGUAGACCAAUUCUUCACUAAGGACCAAUAGCCUAAAAUUUGGAUAUUCACUCAUCAUUUAUUAUAACAUCCCCAUUGGGAGAGUAAAUCUAUGUAUAUGAUUAUACAUGAACACAUGCCCAUAAAUGUGAUGUUUUCCCUUCAACUGGAAACUGACAUGGAGCUAAAGGUGUUAAGAAAAAGCUUCUCAACCUCUUAUUACCUGUGAAUGGAUCUAGUAAACACAGUCCAUAUCAUAUUCACCACCAUCAUUUUCAAGUUUGUUCCUCUGUGUUUGAUGACACCUGACAGCAAAUACAUCCUGUUUACAUGAGUAGCAAGUACAGCGCCAAAACUUAAUCACGACAGGCACAAAACAAAGGGAUUUGUAGGGAGGGGAAGUAUUUUGUUUGUUUUGUUUUGACUUUAUAUGCUUCCAAUAUCUGUAUGGGUCACUAGCGGGGGAGUCUGAAAAGCUCUGGAGAACCCAUCAAUGAUAUCAGCUGUGACAGCGCAAUCAGUCCUUUUGGCUUGUCCAGGCUGAGUUUUUGAGCCGAGAAGUGGUUCAAGCCUGGUUUUGUUAAUGCAGCCAAUACAACAAUGCAGUGUUUUAUCAAAGUUGUUGUUAAAUGGGUCAUCCAUGGUCUUAAUAUAGCAUUGAGCAUUGUAUGUAGCUGAUGCACAGGUACUUGUCUGUAGAUUUUGCUUUUUUUUUCUUUGGCACAAUGUUAAUUCAAACUGUUGAAAUUUACAGGGUAAAAUAGUUCUGCUUUGAUAGAUUAAAUAAAGAUAUUUGAAAUUGGGAAUGUUUUGAGGAGAACUGGAACUAAUCUGUAUGACAUGUUGGAUAUGAUGCCUUUUAAUAGCAUUUGUUAUCGUUCCAUUUGAAUGUGUUUUUUCUGUGAAGUUCAUCUCUUUCCAUCUGCUUUGAUAAUGAGAAUUAUAACAUAUGCAAAUACUAAUUCACCAUAACCUCAUGUUCUUUUAUCAUAGAAAAAUGUUGGGGUGGGGGAUGAAUAUAUAUAAAUAAAAGGAGCAUAACAGAC